CAUGUUUUCACCUAACACUGCGGUUCCUGCCUUUUGCCUGCUUCUAAUUAUCCGUGCUGCUGCCCAGGAUAAUAAAACAGUUGGCAUAAUUGGCGGGCGGUAUGCUCGUUUAGGAGAGCUUCCCUAUCAGGUUUCAUUGCGAAUGAAUGGUAUUGAUGACUGUGGCGGUUCCUUAAUCUCAGCAACAUUUGUCCUUACCGCUGCUCACUGCCUUGAGGGGGUAGAUAUCAAGAAGUUUAAGGUUAUUGCUGGCGUCAUCGACUUAAAGGAGGCAAACAAUGGACAAGUUUUCGAUGCUACUAAAUUCAUCAUUCAUCCAAGAUUUAACACUGAUAGUUUGGAUUACGAUAUUGCAUUGAUUCGCUUAAGUCAACCAGCUAUAUUUAAUGCGAAUGUACAACCGAUUGCAAUGGCUCCUGCCGAUGCGAACUAUCCCGAAUAUACGGUGUCAAUUACUAGCGGGUACGGUGUCAUCGAUCCUUUUGGAACUACGCAAAGCUGUCUAAAAUGGGCUCAUAUUCUACUAUGGGGUCGAAGACAUUGCAAUCCCUUCUAUUUUCGUAAUAUAACGGACAGCAUGAUGUGCGCAGGAGAUCCGCGUGGACGACAGGGUCCAUGCGAAGGAGAUUCCGGUGGCCCAUUGACUGUGAAUGGGGUUCUUAUUGCGGUUCAUUCUUUUGGAUAUGGCUGUGGCGUACCAUAUUAUCCGUCCGUUUUUCAAUAUUUGCCUUACUCUCGUCAGUGGGUAGAUGAAAAUAUAAAUAGCUAAAAUACUUAUCAUUCUUUUUUAGGCUUGCCAUUUUUAAAGUUUUUUUUUCAUCAAUGUCUGUAAUUAUAGACCAAUAUCUAUGGUAGCACUUGGAAAGCAUUAAAGCUCCGAAAACAAAAUAUUAUUUAUUAGACUUUAUAUUUAAAAACAAUAAAGUGCGCCAAGAAACGUGAAAAAUCUAGAAAUCA